AUGCAGCUUCUCUCGGCAAUUGCGACCACGGCGGCUCUCGUCGGCAGCUCACACGCGCUCAAUUUCACCGGCGAUGUUGUGAACGGAGUUCCUGUCAUUCAGGGCCUCAACCUGGCGGACGUGCCGCCGCAGACAGUCUCCAAGUAUUACAUGCGCGCGGGCGAGCUCAAUGGCGGACACCCGGUUUACAUUCCCAUCAUGGUCGCGCGCGGAACAGAGGAGAGUCUGCACACGGGCAAGAAACUGUCGCUUUCGGGUACCAUUCACGGUGAUGAGCUGAAUCCAGUUCGCGUGGUUCAGCGCGUCUUCGAGCAGCUCCAGGACCAGGUUGCAACACUCAAUGGCACUGUCAUUGGUAUCCCGACCAUCAACCCAAUGGGAAUCUACAUGAGUCAGCGCAACUACUACACUGCUGCCGGAAGCGGAUCUCUUAUCAACGUGAACCGCAUUUUCCCUGGCAUUGCACCUACGGAAGGAGGCAGUGGACCGAACAUCCUUGCCUACAACAUCUGGAACCAGAUCUGGGCCAACACCAGCAACGUCGAUGUUGGUAUCGAUCUCCACACUCCCAGCACGGGCGCAGACACCUCUCUAUGGUGCUAUGCGGACUUCCGCCUCCCCUACGUCGAGCGCCUCGCCAAGCUCCUCCAGCCCGAUACGUUGAAAAUCGACGUCGGCGAGCCCGGCUCCAUCGAGACUACGUUUGUCGACUACGGCAUCCCCUCUCUCACCGUCGAAAUGGGCCAAGCCAGAGUCUGGAACACCACCCUCGUAAACCGCGUAGUCGACUACGUAAACCGCGUCAUGGUCGAUUUGAAAAUCACUCCUUCCAACACGACUGUCGAGCCCGACCUAAGCAAGACCUAUGUCAUUACCACCUUCCACGAUACGUACACGCAGUACGGUGGUUUUGUAGAGACGCUUGUCAGCGUUGAUGAGCCUGUUUCAAAGGGCCAGCCUAUUGCCAAUGUUCUGAAUGCUUUUGGCGAUAUCCUUGAGACGGUAGUUGCGCCAGAGGAUGGACGCAUGUUUUCGAUUCCCAGAGAUCCGAGUGUGGAGCCCGGUGCGAGUGUGGGCGAGAUUGCGUAUAACAGUACCGACCCGGCUUGUGCGGAUGGAUGCAUUCUGUCUGGCCCUCAACGAAGGCGAUGA